AGCGGAGCGCGGGCGCUGUUCUCUGUAUGUGCGCGCGAGAGCCUCGAAGGAUGGAAGCAUUAGCCUCGGAGCUGUACGGCGUGCAGGCGGUGCGCUUCGGCGAGUUCGUGCUCAAGAGCGGCCUCGUCUCCCCGGCCUAUGUCGACCUGCGCGUCAUCGUGUCGCACCCGGCCCUGCUCAACAAGAUAGCAGGUUUCCUUUUUCAAACAGCAAAGGAUGCUGCAAUCAAGUAUGACUCUGUGUGCGGGGUCCCAUACACGGCUUUGCCCCUGGCAACAAUCAUCUGCUCAACCAACCAGAUCCCAAUGCUUAUACGGCGAAAAGAAGCUAAAGAUUAUGGUACCAAACGUCUUGUGGAGGGGACAAUAAACUCAGGAGAAACUUGUCUGAUCAUUGAAGAUGUAGUUACCACUGGUUCAAGUGUUCUGGAGACGGCAGAGACCCUUCGGAAAGAGGGGUUGAAGGUUACAGAUGCUAUAGUGUUAUUGGACAGAGAGCAAGGAGGGAGAGCCCUGUUGGAGAAGCAUGGCAUACACCUACACUCAGUAUGCACCUUGUCUAAAAUUCUCAAGGUCCUUGAGCAGCAGGAAAAAGUUUCUCCUGAGAUGGUGGCAAGAGUAGAAAAAUUCAUCCAGGAGAAUAUUAUUAAACCUUCUGAGCAAAAUGGUACUGCUACUGUGAAAAGAAUGUGCAAAGAAAUGAGCUUUGCUGCUCGGGCUGAACUGCCAAACACUCAUCCCCUCGCUGCACAACUUCUCAGGCUGAUGGAGAAAAAGCAGUCUAAUUUGUGUCUUUCUGCUGAUGUGACUAACUCCAAAGAAUUGCUCCAGCUUGCUGCGACUUUGGGCCCUUCCAUCUGUAUCUUGAAAACUCACAUUGAUAUUCUGGAUGAUUUCACCCAAGAAAUAGCCAAGGAGUUGAGAGCACUUGCAGAUAAGCAUGAAUUCUUGAUAUUUGAAGAUCGCAAGUUUGCAGACAUUGGAAAUACUGUGAAGCAUCAGUAUGAAGGUGGUAUUUUCAAAAUAGCAUCCUGGUCAGAUAUAGUUAAUGCUCAUGCUGUUCCUGGACCUGGAGUUGUUAAGGGAUUGAAAGAAGUAGGGCAUCCUUUACAGAGAGGGUGUCUCUUGAUCGGUGAGAUGAGCUCAGAAGGGUCACUGGCCACUGGUGACUAUACAAAAGCUGUGGUUAAAAUGGCUGAGGAACACUCAGAUUUUAUUCUGGGAUUUAUUUCUGGCUCCAGAAUUACUGACAAACCUGAAUUUCUUCAUCUGACUCCUGGUGUUCAGAUGCUGGCUGGAGGUGAUAAGCUUGGGCAGAAGUACCUCAGUCCUCAGGAAGUGAUUGGUAAAAGAGGUUCGGAUAUCAUCAUUGUAGGCCGUGGUAUCUUAUCUGCUCCCAGUCGCCCAGAUGAAGCAGAGACUUAUAGGAAAGUAGCAUGGGAAAGCUACUUGCAGAGAAUUGGUGUCAGUGCACAAAAAUAGCACAACUGCUGUGUUUCAUUAAGCAAGCCAAAUUCUUGAAGCAGGAAAGAUUGAGAAGGUAAUUCUUUGUUGUUAUUUUGCCUAAUGAAUGUUGUUGUAUGUUGAAAUUUUGCUAUAAAGUUAUUUGAGAAUCAGUACAGAAAUUGUAAAUUUUGACUCCGAAUUCAAACAGCUGUGUGUCGUCUGCUAUCCCAUUUUUAGAAACACUUUAAAGGGCUUUUUU